GCCAGCCGUCGGCCCAAUGGGCGCGAUCAGCAAAGUUCACAAGUCGGACCGGAAGAUCGGACACCGGCGCGUCGGCGAGGGCGGAGAGAUCACAUACAAGAAGAUACAGUCCUCGCAGAUCAUGGGAUCGAUACAGCUAGGCAUCCAGCACGCUAUAGGAGGCCUAGCGUCGAAGCCCGAACGCGAUCUACUCAUGCAGGACUUCAUGACCGUCGAGACGACGAAUUUCCCCCACGAGGGAUCGAACCACACGCCCGCCCAUCACUAUUCCGAGUUCAAAUUCAAAACGUACGCGCCGAUCGCGUUCCGUUACUUCAGAGAUUUGUUCGGGAUACAGCCGGACGAUUUUUUGAUGUCAAUGUGCAGCGCACCACUCCGCGAGCUCAGCAACCCUGGCGCUUCAGGCAGCAUCUUCUACCUGACGAACGACGAUGAGUUCAUCAUAAAGACGGUACAGCACAAGGAGGGGGAGUUUCUGCAGAAACUACUGCCUGGAUACUACUUGAACCUCGAUCAGAACCCCCGCACGUUAUUACCAAAGUUCUUCGGCCUCUAUUGCUAUCAGUGUAACAGCAAAAACGUGCGUCUGGUCGCCAUGAACAAUCUGUUGCCUUCGUCGAUCAAAAUGCACCAGAAAUACGACCUCAAGGGGUCCACGUACAAACGUAAGGCAAGCAAAACGGAACGACAGAAAACCUCACCGACCUACAAGGAUCUCGACUUCAUGGAGCAUCACAACGAGGGGAUAUUUCUGGAAGCGGACACGUACACGGCUUUGAUAAAAACGAUGCAGCGUGAUUGUCGUGUAUUGGAGAGCUUCAAGAUCAUGGACUACUCCCUCCUGGUCGGCAUACAUAACUUAGAUGACGCCCAGCGCGAGAAGAACGAAGCCAGGAAACUAACCGAAUCCGGUCAGAGCGAUGGUGAGGAUAACGAAGGGGAGACCAAGAGAACUGGACUCAAUCGAACGAGAUCAAUAAACCGACAGCGUCUGGUCGCGCAUUCGACAGCCAUGGAGAGCAUACAGGCGGAGAGCGAGCCCAUAGAUGAGGAGGAAGAUGUCCCGUCCGGCGGCAUCCCGGCCCGGAACGCGCGCGGCGAGCGUCUGCUGCUGUUCCUGGGCAUCAUCGACAUACUCCAGUCGUAUCGUCUCCGGAAGAAGCUCGAGCAUACUUGGAAGAGCAUGAUACACGAUGGCGACACUGUAUCGGUCCACAGACCCAGCUUCUACGCUCAGAGGUUCUUAGAUUUCAUGGCUAAAACUGUAUUCAAGAAGAUACCUUCGUUGGACCUGCCGGAAAUCAAGGGCAACCACAGGAAGUUCCGAACCCUCGUCACUAGUUACAUAGCCCUGAAACACUCUCCUUCGAAGCGGAAGAGCAUCGCGAAGCCGUCGCGGCCACAAGAGGAAAUCGAUACGCCAGGACGCUUCAUCGGGCGACCUAUCAAAGAUUACAAUCCGGAUUAUCUGAGACAGGCCCGACUGUCGCCCAGGUCUUCGGUACGUUCUAGCAUGAGCGAUUUUACCGAUACGACCAUAUCGACGUGGAACCAGCGUCACCCGCCCGCGCCCGCCGAAUACCCCUCGGUCCUUUCCGACAGACUGAAAAUACUAGACAGGGACAGAAUCAAUAACUACCAGAGGCGUAUCGAUUUCGACACCUCGAACUUAACGGCGCGCGAUCCGGGACCCUCGUCGGCAUUUUACGCCGACAACGCGUACCGGUCCAACGUCCAGGAACGGAUGGAGACGCUCUCGGAACAGCUGACGAAGGUUUUGAGCACCGGGGCCGGGAGCUCACACAUCAAUGGUAGCUUAGCCGACAGCGGCAUACAGACGGACAACACUAGCACCAGCGUGCCACAGAUAUACGUAUCGGAGGCGAACGUCGGACCACCGCUGAAGGAGCUCAGAGACGCGGCCGUCGAUACCCGAAACGAGAACAAUCUCCAGGACAUACCGUUCAUAGACGACGACGACGACGUCCGGUGGAAACGCAGGGCCAACAUUGAGAAGCACAAGAGCAUGUCCAACAUACCGGAACGCGUCGAGGAGACAGCUAAGGAGCUCGCCGAAGAACGCCUCACGAACAGCCUCAAUCGAGCGAAAUCGCCAACGUUCGUCGAGAAAUUCAAGAAAUUCUUCGCCGAUAUAGGCCUCGUCAAACCAGAGGUCGAGAACACGGAAAGAGACGCCAACACUCUACCGAAGAGCCUCAAUUCCAGUUACAGAACGAGAAGCGCGACCCCAACUUCGCUGGAGACCCGCGAAACGUCCACGCUGCCCAAGGAUAUGAGGUUCCGUAAAGUCAGGUCCACGCAGACGGUGUACAUAAGGCAAGAGUCGCCGCUGCUGAGAGACAGGGAGGUCCAGACUCCGCCGCAGACUAAAGAGCAACACGUCUCCGUCGUGCAACUCAACGGAGACGAGCACGUAAAGUGUGAGGACUCUGAGAAGUUUCUAAAAGAAAUCGUCUACAUCAAGAGUAUCGAUAAAGCCGAGAUAUACACCGGCAAGGAUAGCGGUAGUACAAUUAUCGUAAUACCGCCAGAUCGUUUAUUUCACGCUGACGAACGGAUAGGUGGCGCGAGUUCGAGCGGUGUCAGCAUCAAAGCAGUUUCGUUGUCUGACGUCACAGCUCAUAUUACUCCUACCUCAGCGACGUCUCCCGUUUCGACGGCAGCGAAAGCGACCGACUCUUCUAUCAAGAUGACCUCAGCCGCGAACGAGUCGGAAAUCGCUUUCCCGGCCGUUUUAAAAGGCUCACAAAAACAAAGGGUGCCCCCCCCUGUCCCGCCCCGGGGCUCGCCCAAAGCGAAACGCGGCGCCAGCUCCCAUUUGAGCUUGGACACUAAAGCUGCGGUUCCGACGUCGUGCUGUUCCACGCCUCCACCGCCGUUUGAGGAGAACGCCCCAUUGAGGAGCAGUCGCACCAACUCUUCGUCGACAACGUCAUCGAGCGCUUCGGGGAGGAGACGCGGUGCAUCCAGCGCCGCUAGCGUAAUGACCACUUCAUCAGCCUCGUCUUUAGCGUUGACGCCGGCGGCUUUAAGCAGCGCUCGGAGUAACGAAGCUAGCGUAUGUUGGACUCCGCCAGCGUCAGUGGAGGGCUCGACCCCGACUUGGACAGAAGGAACGCCCAGUUUCACCGAGUCGAGUAGCAGUGAACAAGGCUACCCAAUAACUCCAGCACGGUCUGAAGGAGGUCGUUCACCCCGUCCCCCGCCGCCCCCCGCACGUUCCGCCCCUCCAUCAUCAAUCAACUGCCUCACAAGCGAAGUGGUCGAAAUAACGCAUUUAGCAUCGGAAACGUCGCGGAUAACGGUAUCUUCGUACGAGAUACAGCAGCAUUAUGAAAACGAAGAAAAUGAUUAUUAACUUUAAUGAAAUGUUGAUCCGGAGGGCUGUUCGUUGCAAAUAACUAGAGUCCGGGAAAUAGCGUGAAAUUAACAUGCUUAUUACCAGUUUGCUUAAUGCGUUCAAAAUGUUAACUUAUCUAUUAGUAGCUCAAUAUCGCGCGAAACAGAUGUGUUCGCGUAUUCUUAGUAUUAAGCGCUCAUGUACAUUUAGACUUAAGGUUGAAAUUUGAUAUUCGACACAUCGAUUAUUUCAAAUAAUGACUUAAUAACUAUCUGGCAGCCCUAUUCUGUGUAAUUAGUCCGAGUUUUUUAACGUUCACGAUAGCGUACAAGUUAACUAAAGUAUGCAGUCGGAACAG